CGCGCGCCACGCACGUCGAGACGUUUCGUUGAUCCGAAACGAACUAAGAACACCCGAACGCGUCAGAUCGUUCGCCUCCCCGCGCGCGCGUGCGAACCCGCGCGUCGUCUGCGCGCGUCUUCGCGGUCGCCGGCGAAUCUCGCGGAGCCGGAUUUAUCUUCGCCCGCGCGAUAUGGACUCGCUCGUCGCCGCGGCGACGGAGGGGAUGCGCAAGGCGUCCUCCGCGGAUGAGAUCAAGGAAGCCCCGAAGCCGAUGGCACCGCCGAGAAAUGAGGACGGUCACAUGUCCGAUUCCGCGGUCGCGCCGACGCGCGAGCGCAAGAAGGGCGUGCCGUGGACGGAAGAAGAGCACCGACUCUUCCUGCUCGGGUUACAGAAGCUCGGAAAGGGCGACUGGCGCGGGAUCUCCAGGCACUUCGUGCAGUCGCGCACGCCGACGCAGGUCGCGUCGCACGCGCAGAAGUACUUCAUCCGACAGAACAACCUCAACAAGCGGAAGCGUCGUUCGAGCCUCUUCGACAUCAUCUCCGAGCCCUCAGACGGCGAAAACGUCGUCAACAUCGCGAACGGCGCCGCCAUGAUGAAGUCAACCGACGAGACCAACAACGGGAAGCACGCGAAGAAGCCGCCGCUGGCGGCGAACGCGGGCGGCCUCUCUCGCGCGUUCGCCGGCGGGAUCCCCCCCGCGGGUCCAGCGUUCGCGGGGUACAACCCCACCGGGAUGCCGCCGCCGGCGUCGUUCUCCUCGCACGGCAGGCGUCCGCCGUCGACGUCGACGGGGGACAGCGCGGUCGAGGCUGCCGCGGCGACGAUCGCGGCGCUCGCGGGGACGUCGCCGCACGCCGCGGCGGGGUACCACGCGGCGGCGGCGGCGGCGGCGGCGCGCGAGCGCGGCGCGCGGACCGCGGCGGCGGCGCCGACGAGCGCGGAGGCUGCAGUCGCGCACGCGCAAGCCACGGCGGCGGCGCAGGCGCAGGCGCAGGCGCAGGCGGCGAUGUCGAACCCGUGGGGCGGGCUCAUGGCGCAGAUGAUGGCCGGCCCCGGAGCCGCGUAUAACAUGGGGCCCGGGGCUGCUGCGUCGCAGAUGAACAUCCACCAGGCGCAGGCGAACUGGAUGGCGCACUACCACCAGUUUCUGCAGCAGAUGCAGCACGCCGUCGCGGCGGCGCCGCAGCAGAUGCCGUGGCCGCAGAUGGCCGGCGCCGGGGGGCUGACGUUUCCGACGAUGGCGCCGAUCGGUCACCAGACGUCCGCGCCGAUGGCGACCGGCGGCGGCGACGGCGCGACGAGCGGCGCGACCGCGGCGAAGGGUUCGGACAAGCCGCAGGCGGCGGCGUGAAGCGAAUCGAAUCGAAUCGAAUCGAAUCGAAUCGAAUCGCGCGCCGCCGCGUCUCCUCUCCCGCGCCCCGCCGGGGCGGGGGAGGUUGUAACUCCUAUUUUACUUUGUACGCACGCACGUGACGUGAGCCUGCCGACGUUGACACGCGCGGGGGGACGACGGAAGACGGACGACUCGCAGGAGAGGGGGUCACGGGAUGCCCGCGCUCGCACCGCAAUCGCACGACACACGACGCGAGGACGAGCGCGGGGGGGUCGCACCCGACCGCGACACGACGGACGGACGGACGCGUUUUAGCAUCCACGUUCAGUUAGUAAUUUUCGGUUAGUGUUUUAGAAGACUUAGUUGCUUUACUUUUGGAAAUACGCACGCAAAAACAAUUUUCAUUCAC